CCUACAGCGGACAAAUCUUUAAAUAUAUAUUUUUUUUAAGAGGCAAUUGUGAAACAUUUUUGUUAAAAUGUUCGAUUAGUACUCACGAUUUGCGAAUCUCAUACGAUUGUCGUGUGGCUCGUGUACUCCAAUAAUUUUUAGUCAAUGUUUUUAAUCGAAUCUACCGCGGAUCUAAAGACGUUUUGUACGUAGCGGACUUGGGCCGUUCGUGAUAUUCGAUUGACCAUGCGUUGGUCGGCUGCACGAUGCGCGUUCCGAACUAUGUCUUCUGGAAAGCUGAUGAACCCAGCCACUGUCAAUGUCGCGACAUUGCGGUGCCACGGGUUCUGGCUGAAAUGCUGGUGGAUUGACCAAGCUAUUGUAUCAAGGGAAAAGUUGACGAUAUAUUUUGUUCCCAAACGUUGUUUCAAUGUCACUAUCCCUUUGAGAGUGUCAAAAAAUUAUUAUGAUAUACUGGGCGUUCCGAGAAAUGCUACUCCAAAGCAAAUCAAAGACGCUUAUUACAAACUGGCAAUGAAACAUCACCCUGACAAAAACCAAGGAGUACUCACUAAACAGUUUAGAGAUAUUAAAGAGGCAUACGAUAUAUUGAGCAAUGAAUCUAGUCGGAUGCAAUACAAUAAUAGGACAGGUUCAGGUUUUUCAAACAAUAACUAUGGAAGUCAGAAUAGUAAUACAUCUAAUAGUUGGACAUCUAAUUCUUCUUAUGGCCGUUAUAAUACAAAUUAUGAAUAUACAUCUAGUAAUAAAAACUGGUCAAGAACUGAGUAUACUCACUCAAGAAACAAAUAUGCUAGAGACUAUGAUCCACUUAAACCAUUUAAUGUGUUUAUAAAUGUAAUUUCAGUACCCAAGAAUAUUAUAAAAACUCAAAUUGAUGUAAUGUUAUUGAGUUUUAUCAAAAACCGUACAUUAAAAUGGGUUUUGUUUCAACUAUUUCAAUAUCUAUGGACAUGGGGGUUGAGUAAUUUGAAUUAUAAUGUACUGAUAUCAUCGUCAUCACCUAACAGUGCAUUUGGAGAGUUUAUUAAGAAUUUACUUGAAAAUAAAACAAUAAGAAUCGAAUUAACGGAAAUAGAAGCAAUUAAGGGUAAAGCAGUCAGAGUGGUUGUUAAUGAAAAUGAAAAAGUGGUAGUAGUCAAUAUACCCAGGGGAGUACAGAGAGGCCAAUCAUUCUACUUGUUUUACCUGAUUGACAAUGAUGAUAAUGCCAAGUUUAAAAACUGAAUUUUGUUACCAUUUUUUAUUUAUUCAUUUGUGUAAAUUAAAAUGUAUUUAUUUACAGAA